AUUGAUUAUUGUACUUAUGUCAAAAUUUUAUCUCUUCUUUUCUUCCUUGUAACGGUAAUCUCGAGCCAACAAUCUCGAACCAUUUUAUCGUAUCAAUAUUUUAAAAAAAGGAAAAUGAUAAAGUGACUCCAUACUUGACUCCAUGACGUGGCCUGCACAGGUGGAGUUUAUUUUUUAAAUUAAAAUUAAUUUUAUUUAAAACAUCUUACUUGAGACGUGGCACAUUUUCGAGAGUGGGUGUGGACGUGAAUAUUGAGCGGGUCAGAAACACAUUUUGGAGAGUGGGUUUGGGCGUCAAGAUUGAAAGGGUGGGAAAUUAGGUUUAGCUUGGAGAGUGGGUUGCACAGAGAAAGCAAAAACGAAAAAAGGGAAAAGAAAGAAAGAAAGGGAAAACCCACUCGAAAGGAGAAAGGAAGAAAUGAGAAAGGAAGAAAGGAGAAUACGUGUGUUGUAGUGAGUCGAAGAAGACGAAGGGAGAAGACAAAGAGAGAAGACGAAGAGAGAUGACGAAGGGAGAAGACGAAGGGAGAAGACGAUCGUCCCAGAGUUAGGGUUUUUGUUCGUCUCCAUUGUUGGAUUGAGCAUCGUGAUUCGUAGGUAUGUUUUUUUUUGUGCGUUUCUCCACUACUCCAACAGGUUUGUGGAAUUUUUUUUUUCGAAGUCGUUGUUGUGGGUUUUUUGGUUAAGGAUCUGAUAUUUUUGUGUGGUUUUCGCCAGCAUAGUCCAGUGAGUUAUUGUUUAAAGACAAAUUUAACAUCUAUCUUGUACUGGUGAAUGACCACAACACUGUAAUCGAAGACGAAGCUUGCGAAGUUAGGGUUUUUGGUAAGUUUGUGUUAUUUUUCCGUUUCUGUGAUUUUGGUGUUUUGAUAGGUGCAUGAAUACUAGUUUUCUAACUAGGUUGAUGAAAUUUGUCUUAUUUUAUUGUGAUGACCUGUUUGCUCACAAGUGAUGACCUGUGCUGCAUUUUGUGUGAUAAUGUGGUUUGACUCAAUAGUUGAUUAUGGGGUGAUUAAGUAUGGGUAAUAUGCGUUCAUUUGUAGUUAUUUCUUUGAUGUGGUUUCAUACCCAAGUGGGUUAAAGUUGUAUGAUUUAUUGAUGAUGACUUUUGUGCAUCCAUGAGUUGUGCUGCAUUUUUUGCAAUCAUGUGGUUUGACUCAAUCUUUUUAACUUCCAUAUUAUUUUAUUCCAGAAUUGAUUAUUGGGUGAUUCUGUUUGGAUAAUGUGAGUUAAUUUGUAAUUAUCUCUUUGAUGUGGUUUCAUUGCCAACUUGAUUACACUUGUGUGAUAUAUGAGUGAUGACCUGUUUGGUCACAAGUGAUGAUUUGUGUUGUAUUUUCUAGAAGCGUGUGGUAUGACUGAAUUUUUGUUAUCUUUCAUGUCAUAGCACUGAAUAGUUGAUUAUAGGGUGAUUAAGUAUGGGUAAUAUGCAGGUGAUUAAGUAUGGGUAAUAUGCGUUCAUUUGUAGUUAUCUCUUUGAUGUGGUUUCAAACCCAAGUGGAUUAAAGUUGUAUGAUUUAUUGAUGAUGACUUGUGUGCAUCCAAGUGAUGAGUUGUGCUGCAUUUUUUGUAAUCAUGUGGUUUGACUCAAUCUUUUUAACUUCCAUAUUAUUUUAUUCCAGAAUUGAUUAUUGGGUGAUUCUGUUUGGAUAAUGUGAGUUAAUUUGUAAUUAUCUCUUUGAUGUGGUUUCAUUGCCAACUUGAUUACACUUGUGUGAUGUAUGAGUGAUGACCUGUUUGGUCACAAGUGAUGAUUUGUGUUGUAUUUUUUGGAAGCGAGUGGUAUGACUGAAUUUUUGUUAUCUUUCAUGUGAUAACACUGAAUAGUUGAUUAUGGGGUGAUUAAGUAUGAGUAAUAUGCAGGUGAUUAAGUAUGGGUAAUAUGCAUUCAUUGGUAUUCUUUGAUGUGGUUUCAUACCCAAGUUGGUUAAAGUUGUAUGAUUUAUUGAUGAUGACUUGUGUGCAUCCAAGUGAUGAGUUGUGCUGCAUUUUUUGCAAUCAUGUGGUUUGACUCAAUCUUUUUAACUUCCAUAUUAUUUUAUUCCAGAAUUGAUUAUUGGGUGAUUCUUUGGAUAAUGUGAGUUAAUUUGUAAUUAUCUCUUUGAUGUGGUUUCAUUGCCAACUUGAUUACACUUGUGUGAUGUAUGAGUGAUGACCUAUUUGGUCACAAGUGAUGAUCUGUGUUGUAUUUUCUAGAAGCGUGUGGUAUGACUGAAUUUUUGUUAUUUUUCAUGUCAUAGCACUGAAUAUUUGAUUAUGGGGUGAUUAAGUAUGGGUAAUAUGCAGGUGAUUAAGUAUGGGUAAUAUGCGUUCAUUUGUAGUUAUCUCUUUGAUGUGGUUUCAAACCCAAGUGGAUUAAAGUUAUAUGAUUUAUUGAUGAUGACUUGUGUACAUCUAAGUGAUGAGUUGUGCUGCAUUUUUUGCAAUCAUGUGCUUUGACUCAAUCUUUUUAACUUCCAUAUUAUUUUAUUCCAUAAUUGAUUAUUGGGUGAUUCUGUUUGGAUAAUGUGAGUUAAUUUGUAAUUAUCUCUUUGAUGUGGUUUCAUUGCCAACUUGAUUACACUUGUGUGAUGUAUGAGUGAUGACCUAUUUGGUCACAAGUGAUGAUCUGUGUUGUAUUUUUUGGAAGAAUGUGUUAUGAAUCAAUUUUUUCAUGUUUCAUGUUAUACCAGUCAAUACUUGAUUAUAGGGUGAUUACCUGGGGUUAUGUAUUCAGGUCAUUAAUAUGGUUACAGUUAGUGAGGGAAGUGAAUUCAAUGUUGACCGCAAGGUAUGAUAAAUUUUGGAAUUCAAUUAAUUUUCAAAUUUGUUAUGAUAAAAAUGACAUAACUAUUUUUUUUUAUUGUUCCAGAUCUGUUUUAGGCAUUCAUGCCGGACAAAAUUGAUUGGUAGUUUGAAUAAGAAGUUAACAGAUGAGCAAAAAUCAUUUAUCCGAAGAACACCAUUUGGAUGGAUGGUUGAGUUGAAAGAGUGUGUUAAAAUAUCUAGGAAUCUUUUGAGUCCGUUAAUCAGUAUGUGGGUGGAAAGGUUGGGGGGGUUUCAAAUGAGUGCAGAAGUUGUUGGAUUUACCUAUUUAGAUAUAUGUCUUGGUCUAGGUUUGAGGGUGGUUGGUGAGAACAUUGAUUUAAACCAGGAAGGGUUAAAUAGUGAUUCAAGGAAUUUAUUUGGAGCUUCCAAAGUUGUUGAUAUCGAAAUGGUAUAUGAUUACAUCUUAAAACAUAUUAAAGUGCUUUGUUUAAAGGAUUUUGGUAAGCUUUACGUUUUGUUUGCAUUUUCUGAGUUUUUGUUGCCCAAUCGUAGUGGAACAGUUUUUUCUAUUUUGUUCAACAUUGUUGAUGACCUUGGUAGUAUUGGGAAAUUUAAUUGGGGUCGAGUGGUGUAUGAGUUUUUGGUUGGCAGUAUAUGUGAAGCUAAAUUGUUCUUGAAGGAGAAAUAAAGUACCAAACACUUUCAUGUAGCUGGAUGUGUUUAUUUGUUACAGGUACUGUAUGUUAAAUUAAUUUCAAACUUGUUUGAUCAGUUUAAAAUAUUUGGUUGAGUUUUGACUGAUUUUGAUUACAAUUGUGGCAGUUAUGGUCUUUUAACCAUUUUUUGAUUCCGAAUUUAAAGGAUUGUCAGCACAUGACAAAGUUUCCCAGAAUCUUGCAUUGGAUGGAAAUGAAAGUAGGGGACAAUGUAAUUAAAAGGAGUUUGACAAAUAACACUUUUCAGGUUGUUACAGAUGUUGCUGCCUCUGCAGAAGAGUUGACCAAUCCCUUCGUUAAAGAAGGUUUUGAGGUAUAUGGACGUCAAACUAAGGGUACUAAAAUAGUUGACUUAAUUAAAGUUGUUGAACAUCAAGAAAGGGUCCUAGGGGAAUUGCAAAAAGAACUUGAAGACUUAAAUGAAAUGAUGAUUGAGAGGAUGAACCAGCGCCAACAUCAGCAUGGCAAAAUGAAGUUUUCUGAGUUUGGUGAACCAAGUGUUGGUCAUUCGCAAACACCUAAUUUGAACCACCCCACUGGCUGCAUUGAAUUUGGCAAUUCUGGUGACAUGGGUCAUGUGGAAGAAGUUCAUUUUCCAAAUCAAGAAGCACAAGAAUCCGAACAAAGCAACAUGUAUAUGCGACGAAGGGAUGGUCCUCGGUUGCGUGUUAGGAGUAUGGCAAUAAGAACUCCUUUUGCAACAUUUAGUGGGAGGAAGCGCCAUAAGUAGUUGAUUUAGAGGUUUUAUGUUUGUUGUAAUUUGGAUUUCUAUUGCUAAAUUUGGUAUUUUUUAUGUUUAGACAUUGUGGACGUGAUUGAUGACAAUUUCCUUGUUUGGCUUAGUCAUUGAUUUAUGGAAAUUCUGAGUGGUUUA